CUGGCGGCCGGAGCCGCACGGCCCUGCCCGCCCCCCGCGCCCGGAGCGGCCCGGCCGCCGGUGGGUGUACCGGUGCCUCUCCUGGCCAUCGCCCCGGGGCUGCGGCAUCGCCCGGCCCCGCCUGGGCCGCGGCCGCGCAGCAGAGCCCCUGCAGGCUGAAGGAUGGAGGCAGAGGAGAGCCGAGCGCAGCCCCCGGGCGAGGCGCGGGAGCCGGGCUGGCACCUCACGGACAGCGCCCGCCUGCAGCGCUUCCUGUGCUUCGGCAGCGAGGGCGCCGCUUACCGCGUCAAGGAGCACAAGCUGGGCUUCCAGAACGCCGAGGCUCUGCUCAGGCUCAUAGAAGAGGGCAGAGGCUGCGAGGUUGUUGAAGAAAUAAAAGCUUUUAGCCAAGAGGGCAGAGCGGCCAAGCAGGAGCCGCUGCUCUUUGCCCUCGCAGUUUGCUCGCAGUGUUCUGAUGCCAAAACAAAACAAGCGGCGUUUAAAGCUGUCCCCGAGGUGUGUUGCAUACCAACCCAUCUCUUUACUUUCAUCCAGUUUAAAAAAGAUCUGAAGGAGGGCAUGAAAUGUGGCAUGUGGGGCCGUGCUCUGAGGAAAGCUGUUGCAGAUUGGUACAAUGGAAAGAAUGGCAUGACUCUUGCUUUAGCAGUUACAAAAUAUAAACAAAGAAGUGGUUGGUCUCAUAAAGAUCUUCUGAGGUUAUCCCACCUAAAACCUGCCAGUGAAGGAAUUGCUAUAGUCACUAAGUAUAUUACCAAGGGCUGGAAGGAUGUCCAAGAAGCUUAUAAAGAGAAAGCAGUUUCUGCUGAGACUGAAAAACUCUUGAAGUAUCUGGAGGCUGUGGAGAAAGUAAAAUGCACAAAAGAUGAGUUGGAAGUUAUUCAUUUGAUAGAGGAAUAUGGUCUGGUUAGAGAGCAUCUCCUGACAAACCAUCUGAAAUCUAAAGAGGUUUGGAAGGCAUUACUCAAGGAGAUGCCUAUUUCAGUAUUGUUAAGAAAUUUAGGAAAGCUGACAGCAAAUUCAGUGCUUGAACCACGAGGUUCAGAAGUGGCAAUAGUAUGUGAAAAACUGAGAAAUGAGAAACUGCUGAAAAAGGGUAGAAUACAUCCCUUCCACAUUUUGGUUGCAUUAGAAACUUAUAAAGCUGGACAUGGAAACAGAGGGAAGCUUUGGUGGCGUCCUGAUGAAGACAUUUUAGAAGCUUUAGAUGCCUCCUUUUACAAAGCUUUCAAGACACUGGAACCAACAGGAAAACGCUUUGUAAUUGCAGUUGAUGUCAGUGCAUCAAUGACACAAAAGGUUUUGGGCAGUGUACUCCAUGCCAGCACAGUUGCAGCAGUAAUGUGUAUGGUCGUAGCACGGACUGAGAAGGAUUCCCAAAUUGUUGCCUUUUCCCACGAAAUGGUCCCUUGCCCAGUGACAGCUGACAUGACCUUACCUCAAGUUUUAGUGAAAAUGUAUGAAAUUCCAGUGGGUACCACUGAUUGUUCCCUUCCAAUGAUAUGGGCUCAAAAAACUCAGACAGCUGCUGAUGUCUUCAUUGUAUUUACUGAUAACGAGACCUUUGCUGGGAAUACUCCUCCUGCAGUGGCCCUCACUGAGUACAGAGAGAAAAUGGGUAUUCCUGCCAAGCUGGUUGUGUGUGGAAUGACCUCCCACGGUUUCACCGUCGCGGACCCGGAUGACAGAGGCAUGUUGGAUAUCUGUGGCUUCGAUGCAGGAGCUUUGGAUGUCAUUCGAAACUUCUCUUUGGAUUUGAUUUAACUUCUUGAGGCAUCUGCUCGUCCCAGUGGCAACAGACUUCACCCUGGGAACCCCCAGCCAAAUCUACUCUAUUAGCUUAUGGCAUACUGUACACAUAUCAGAAUGUUACGGGAGGUGGUGGCGCUUGAAGCAUCUCUGACUAGAGCUUCUCACUAAGGUGUUUGUUAGGUUGAACAGAACGUCAGUCUCAUGUUAACAGAUUGAGAGAAACAGCGCCUGCAUCCCUGGUGUCAGACUGUCAGUAGCCAGUGAUCCCCUGCCAUGGGAGCUGCUGUCACCCUGGGACUUGGUGCCAUGCAGCAGCACACUGUGCAUUUGGACACUCCUGGUACUGGCUGGCAGUGCAGUCACAUCGCCCUUCAGAGUCCUGCAGCACAUGCUCCGUGUCCCUUCAGAAGGACAUCUCCACCCCUCAGCCACCCUCACUGCAUCCAGCACGCUCAUUUGCCCAAGGCAGUUGGUUUCUUCCUAUACAUGCCCUCAGAACUCUAGCUGGGCUCAGUUCCCUGACCAGCCUGGGCUCUGUGUGAGCUGGAGCUCCAAAGAGCAUCAUCCCUGCUGUGAAAUCCAGACUAGCUGUGCUCUGAGUGCUGUGGGCCAGCAGCAGCCAGUCUGGAUCUGUCCCAGGGGGUAAAAGAUCCCCCUGUUAGGACAGGAUGAUGGCAGGACCACAGUGUCCUUGGUCCCUGAGCUUCACCAAAGGCUUCCUGGCUAGCCUGGCCUGCACCACGUGAAUACCCCACCCCUGUUGUCCUCAAGUUGCACUGCAUCCACUGCCUUGGGGAGAAGGAUGAUUUUGCCAGGGCCCAAGCACCACAGCAAACACUUUGUGUCAGCAUGCUGGAGCCUGCCCUUGCUCUCCACCAGUGCUGGGGUCAGCUCUGACACCAGCUUGGCCACAUCCAGCUCCUCAGCAGGGUAAAGGAGGAGGGCCACAAUGCUGUCCAGCUGCUCGAGUUCUUGUGCUGCAGCUGCCCCUGCUGCAGCAGCAGGCCCAGCACCUGCUGAAGGGCUGCACUGCAGGAGGGGCAGGUUCCUGUCCCCCAGGGCUUGAGCAGCAGCAGAGACCAGCAGUGCCAGGAAGCAGGUGGAUCACCUCCAGAGCCCUGAGCAGCGCCUUGGAGUCAACAGGGAGGGUGUAGAGGAAGCUGAGGAGCUCCAGAGGCCAGACUUUGGCCUUUUAGGAUUGAAAAGGUCCCUUGCAAACAAUCCUGAAUGAAAAGGGGUUCAGGAAGGCUGAACAUUCUUCAAGGAUCUCUAAGAUGCAGGAACAGGCUGUCCCCAUGUGCUGAAAGAUGAACCAGUGGGGAGGAAGAGUGGCCUGGUUGAACAGGGAGCUGUCACUGGAACUCAGGGAAAAAAGACCUUUGGAAGAAGGGGCAGGAUGCUCUACAAGGAUGUUGUUAGGUUAUGCAGGAAGGUUAGAAAAUUGAAACCCCAGCUAGAAAUCAAUUUGGCUACUGCCGUAAUAGAUAACAAAAAGUGUUUUUACAAAUACAUCAGCCACAAAAGGAGGGCCAAGGAGAGAAUCUUCAUCCUUUAUUGCAUGUGAGGGGAGGUAUUGCCACAAAGGAUGAGAAAAAGGCUGAGGUACUUGAUGCCUUCUUCACCUCAGUCUUUAAUAGUCAGACCAGUUGUCCUUGGGAAGACAGAGACAAGGAACAAAACGAAGUCCCUGUAAUUCAGGAGGAAACAGUGACCUACUGCACCACUUGAACAUUCAAAGGUCUGUGGGAUCAGAUGGAAUCCACCCAAGCUGCUCUCCACCAUUUGUCAUCAAUCCUGGCUAACCAGGGAGGUCUCAAGACAGCUGGAGGCUGCCCAGUGUGGUGCCCAUGGAGCAGAAGGGCUGGAAGGAGGAGCAGAAAGCCACAGGGCUGUCAGGUGCCAGGGGAGGCUAUGGAACAGCCAGUGUGGCUUCAUGAGAGGCAGGUUCUGCCCAACCAACCUGAUCUUCUGCUGUGAAUGCUGACCUCCCCGGGGGAUGAGGUAAAGGCUGUGGGUAUGGACUGCAGGAAAGCCUUGGACACUGUUUCUCAGAGCAUUCUCCUGGAGGAGCUGGGAGCUUGUGGCUUGGACAGGGCCACUGUUUGCUGGCUGAAACACUGCCUGGAUGGCUGGGCCCAGAGCUGAGUCACAUCCUGCUGCUGGCUGGUCACCAGUGGGGCUCACUGGGGCUCACUGGUGUGGCCAGUCCUGUUCAUUGUCUUUGUGGCUGAUCUGCACAGGGGCAUGGAGGGCACCCUCAGGCAGUGUGCAGGUGACACCAGGCUGAGCCAAAGAGCUGACCUGCAGAGGCUCUGGGCAGGCUGGAUCCAUGGACUGAGGCCGAUUGUGUGGGGUUCAGCAAGGCCAGGUGCUGGGUCCUGCCUUUGGGUCACAGCAAUCCCGUGCAGUGCUCCAGGCUGGGGCAGAGCGCCUGGGAAGCUGCCCAGAGGAAAAGGUGCUGGGGAUGCUGGUCAGGAGUGGCUGAACAAGAGCCAGCUGGGCCCAGGUGGGCAAGAAGGCCAAGGGCAUCCUGACUUGGGUCAGAAAAUGUGGCAGCAGGACCAGGGAAGGGAUUGUUCCUCUUCACUUGGCACUGGUAAGGCUGACCCUCAAACCCUGCUUGCAGCUGAGCACUGGAACGGGCUGCCCAGGGAAGUGCUGGAAUGCUCAUCCCUGGAGGUGUUCCGAAACCACGUGGGCCUGGUGCUCAGGGACAUGGACCUGGCAGUGCUGGGCUGAUGCUUGGACUCAAUCUGAAGAGCUCUUUUCCAACCCUCAUGAUUUUGUGCUUCUUUAUUACCUUUUGGUGAAGGGAAAACAAGAAAAGCAGAUGAGGAGUCUCUUUUUUUGUUUUUCCUGUUGCACACAAUUGAAAAUAACAGUGAGAAGUUUGCUAAAAGUGGUUACAGGGUUACGUAGUAUAUAAUUUAAUUUCAUUUAUAGUAGAUUAUAAAUAUGAAGAGAUUUUUAAUUUCCCCCACUGCUGUGGAAUGCUUAUUUGCAAGAAUAAGUUGAUGAAUUACUUCUAGAAUGGGGCUGGAAACAAAUGGGCUUAGUAUUUUUAAUAAUGGUAGUUUAACAACAACUUCAUUGAGAGGGACUUUUCUUUGGGCUUUUUUAAAUCUUUGUAUUUUAAGUGUUACUAAUGUUCAGUGGUUUCCAUGGUUACAGUUAAAAUCUACAAAACAAGCCUUUUCUGGUAUGUAUUGAGACCAUGUGACUGUGAUACAGUGUAAAAGUUACCCAGGGACAUUUUGUACUGAUAAAACUGAAAGUGCAAGAGCUCAUGCCAAUCGUUCUCUCUCUGGAUUAUCAUCUGUGUUUUCAGGAGGAAACACCUCUUUAGAUAAAUUGAGGAGCACUUUCUGCACACUACCGUUUCAGAAGCACUAGUUCAGAAUUAAAACACUUUGCAGGAAGUUCUAAAAACUGGUUUUAGUAGGAAAAGACCUUGGAAAUGACUGGGAUGUCACACUGAGUCCUUGUCACAACUUCAAGAGGCAUCAGCACACCUUCAGUGAGCAAGAUCAACAAGUGCAUGUGUCUUGGCCUGCUCACCAAAGCUGAGUGGGGACAACCAGAAACAAAAAGCUACAUUUUUUAUUUUCUUUUUUUUUUUUUUUUUUUUCAAAGAAUGUAUUCCAUGACUGACAAACAGUCUUCCUAACAGGAGAGUAUUUCAUUUUUUAAAAAUCUUUUUGUAGAUUAGUGUUAUUUCUGAUUUCAUAAAUUAAUUCAAGCUAACAUAUUUCAAAACUACCUCUGGUUUAUAGUGACCAAUUCUUAAAAGUUUUUAUGAACUGUACAGUUGCCUCCUUCGUGUUCACAAAAUCUUGUUUAGGAAGUGAUUGAAACUGGAUUCUUUAAUUUUUUAUUUUUAGUUAAUAGUAAGAGUGUGACAAGGAGAAAGACAGUGAGUAUUCUACCACUUUGGAACAGAAAUUGAUAGCAAUUAGUGUGUAUAUGUAUUUAAUUCUGUGUUUUCUAUUUGUGUGUGUAUAGGGGGGAAGUUAAAAGAUCUCUUUAGCAGAUCAGUCUUAGAAAAUUUGAAAGGUUUUUUAGUGAUGGUUUUACAACUUCCUCUAACACAUAUGUAUUUCAGCCUCUUUUAUGCUAGUGCUGACUGUUUAAAACAGUGAAUUUGAUGUUAAUUUGAAAAGAAUUAUGAUUUAUAGAACUAUCAUGUUUACCCAUAGUGGUAAAUGACACAUAAGACCAUAUUUUUCUGCCUAAAACCCAAGCUUUUAACUGUAGAAUUGAAGUUCCUACUAUACUUUUGGUACUUGUAACACUUUUCAUUAUGCCUCAUUCGUAUGGAUUAUGAAUUCAAAGCUUGCAUUCCGUAGCUGAGAUCUCUCUUUUGGUGCUAAAAUAGGAUGUUCCAUGUUACUGAAGGGAUUCUGCUGCUUCCUUACACUCUCCUUAAGGCAUGGCCAGUCCAGUGAGGGGAGCCUUUCCUGGAGCAGAGCAGGGCUCCAGGAGCUGCAGGGGCAGCGUUGCCUCGCAGCCACCACGAGUGUGAUCACUGCUGAUUGUCACUGCUCCCACAGCACAGCCCUGGCAGGGGCUGCAGGGACACAGGGCUGCCACCAGCUCCUCAGGUGACUUCUAGGACAAACCAAGUGUUCCUAAGACAUAGCACCUCUGGGUUUGUCAAAAGAAAAUCAGCCAUUUCUCGGGAAAAACUGCGGAUCAUUUUUAGCGUCUAAACAAAACACCAUGGAUGGGGGAGUAAAUUCAUUUGCUCAGUACAUAUUAAUAAUUUCAAGUAAAUGCACUGAUGUUUUGAAGUUGGAUUUGCUAGUAAUGCAUUUUAAAUGACACAAUAGUCAAAUAUCUGAUAGGUAUUUCCUUCUAAGCUAGAAGUGUCAAAAAACCCCUGAUAGAUAAGUAUCCCUUGCCAGUACUUUUUCUUAUUUGGAGUAGUAUUUGUGAAGUAAUAGGAAAUAUUUUGGACUAAAUAUAAAAUGAAAACUUAAAACAGGUGUUUCAACUAACUUUCAAGUAAAUUUAUUGCAAAUAAAAAUUAGAGUAGUUACUAAAGGAUUGAAUGUAUGGUUAUAGUGGUGUUGCAUCUUUGGAAGCAGUCCAGUUUAAAAUGCAAUUUCUUGAAGUAGGGUGUGGAGAUAAAGAUGGACUUUUCAAUAGGACUGAUAGAAAUUGUAGAUCCCUGUGUCUGUUGACCAAUGAUAAAAGGUAGUUGUCCCUGCUGGGGUACAGAAUAUGCUCCUAAACUUUUAUGGUAUCUCUGGACUAAAAACCUUGUUAUUGGUUGUUGUGAGCCCAGCACUGGUGGGACCACGUUGCCAUCUGCUCCUCCUUCAAGAUUUGCACAGUGAGGGGAAACUCAAGUAAAUGCUGAUAGCUGGAAUUUCUAGUGUGUGGACCUUUUUCCUGGGGGUUUCUUUCUGGUUUUGCCAUUCUCUUUCAGUAAGGGGCAUGGAAGAAUGGUGCUGCGUAUUCCUUGUCCAUAGACUGGAUCUUUUUGAUCUGCCCAUACACUGAAUUUUAGGGGACAGCAUGACUCAUUUGCCAUAAUGUGCAUUUGUCCUGUUUCUAGUCUUUAGUUAUUUGGUAAUUUCCAAAACAACAUCUAGACAUGUAAAAAAGCAAUAAUUACUGUAAUGCUUCAAAAAGAAUAAAAAAGGGAGCUAAAACACAAUUGCUAAGCUUAAGGUUUAGUUCCAUGUACAAUAAACAACCUACACUUUCACCAAAAAGGAGACUUUCAGAUUAAAUAGUGGUCUUUGCAUUGGAAGAGCACUGACUGGAAAAGCAGAAAAGGGGCUUUAAUUGUGCACUGCUGUUUGUCAGUAAAGAUUGAGCAGGGACAAGUUUAAAGCUAGUUAAUUUUAUUGAAAAUGCUGAAUAAAAAAGGUCUAAAUGCAGUGUGCAACUGUCUCUGUGACCUUGACAAUUCUGGAGCAUUAGACUAUUGUGUCAAAGACUGUAAUGUUCAGGCAUUUUAGCUUUAAGAAAAAAGAAAAGCAGCUGUGGCUGGAAGCACAGAAGUGCAACAUUCUUCUGUAAGGAAUGAACAUCAAAACUCAGAUUUUUUCAUGGAAGGGACACAACCAUGUGGAGAGGGAAGGAGGCUCUCAAGUUUUUAAAACUAGUGCAGUGAGCACAUCAGCACUGUGUAAUAAAUUCAGUAAUAACAAUAGUAAUUUUGCCAAGAAGUAGGAUUUCAUGUCGGGGAUUUUAGACCCGGAGCAAGGGGCAGGAGAGUUUGAGGUGCUUGUAGAAUUAGACUGCAGUCCUCUGUGUUUCAAAAAAGAGAAGUCUAAGGGUGGGUGAAGUUCUGAGGUCAGCAGGGCUGCUCUAAAUGCCCACAGUGUGAGGGCUGCUAAUGACAGACACUAAAAUACCUUGCUGCUUAAAGCAUUGUUAAACCUGUUUGUUCAGCACAAGUCUUCAGGGGGCUUGUGUUGUUCUUUUACAUUGCUGUCGUUAACUGGUGCCCACGAACGGGUAUGGCUUUAAAAGGCUGUAAACACAGAACAUAUCCUUGGCUUAAAAACACGCCAGCAGUUUGGGAAAUGUGUUUUAGUGAUGGCUCUGUCUGUAAAAACAUGACAAAAAUAUUUGUCUGCAUUGCAAAUGCUGCUUAACCCUGUCCUGAGCUCACAGGAACCACAACAGAAGCUUUAGCUUUGGUUCCAUUUGUUUUGUUUCUUCUUCUGCUGUACCCUUUAUUUUCUUAGUGUUGGGGUUUUUUUCUUCUUUUCCAUCUUGUUACCUCAGGCUUAUACUUGAAUCUUUGUUCACAAGCUCUCAUCCAUUCCUUUAUUUUUUGCCUCUGUUCUUCUGCCUUCCUGCUGUCACUGAGUGUGCUCACUUAGCUCCCUGCACCAGAACUGAUGGCAUAGUAUUUAAUGUUUUUAGUAAUAUUUUUUUCUCUUCUUUAAUUAUAUAAAUAUCUUACAAAACAUAUAAUUUGCUGUAUCUGUCAGAUUUUUGGUAACACUGUAAAAAUCAGUGACAAAAGUAUACUUCAUUACAAAAAUCCAACAUCUGCCUGUGAAUGGCUUUAUUAGAAAAAAGUAACCUCUUACAAUUGGCUUUUCAAAUUGGCUUCUCAUAUGUUAAGCUUUUUUCUAGAAUUAGUUCAGUGAUUUGAAACUUUGAAUUCUUUUAAACAGUAUCAAGCUGUCAUGCGGAAUUAGGAAAACACUUAAAUUAAUGUUCUGGAUAACCAGGCUGCUUCUUUGCAGUAUUGACAAGAGAAAGUCUUUAAAGAAUAGGCUAUAGAAGUAAACCUAAGUGAAGAGUCAUUUGUCUUUCAUGUUUUUAAUCCUUCUCUUUAGUUUCUGUGGAAUUCCACCAGUUUCUAGGUUUAUUUUGCUGCCUGCAGUGGUUUGCAGUGCACAGAUAUGCUGGAAGCAGCUGUUCCUGUGACUUUCUUGCUGGAAUGGGAGAGAUUUCAUCUUACCAUGACAGUGGAGUGUCCAAAUGGCUGAGCAGGAGUUCUGGGGAGAAGGUAAAACCAGGAAAGGAAAGAAAAGGAAACCAGGGCCGUGUUUCAUGGAUGUGCUGCUCUGAGGGAAAUCACAAAAGAUCAGCUGAUUUCAGCAGGAGGCACGGUGUCUUUAAAUGUGUGUGCUUGCAUAUCUGGAUUUAUCAUUUUGAUACUGUAAGGUGUGGUUUCUUUAGGUAUUUCUGCAUUCUGAAUUUAAGUUUAAAUAUAUAUAUAUUUGCAUAUAUAUGUGGUAUGUUGAGAACUUUUACAAAUGCUUCAUUAACAAAUAAUGAAUAUAAAUAGCUGUUUUCCUAAUGUUACCAGCUUAAGAGUUAAGCACAACUAGUUACAAGUAAAAUGUCUUUUCAUUUUCCUGUGAAAGUGCAGUUCUACUCUUUAAAAAUAAUUCUGUAUUUAAAAAGCAACACAUGGGCACAUUCACAGCUCUGUGUGCUUCAUAAAAUAACUCAGUGUUUGUUUCAGCUGCUUCUGCUUCUUAGAAGCAUGGGAUUUAAGAAGGAUGAGCAGGUAUCCAGAUCUUAUAGUGGAUAAACUUCAAUAUUUAGAUCCCAGGACAAGCAUAUUUUAAGAUAAACAGCUUUGUCCUGGAGACAGUGCUGGGGGGAAAAAAGGAAACUUUAAUGACUAUUCUUGAGGAUCUUAAUUUUGGUUGUUUUAUUUUUUCUCUAGAGUAGAACCACACUUUAACUGCCAGAUCAUGUUUAAUUAACUUAAGCUAACAUGGCUUUGUACCAUCCAGUGACAAAGGCACUGUCUUGCUGCUAUUUUCUGUGAAAUUGUACACAAUGAAAAAACUGUUGGGAUGGGGAGCCUUAAUAUGGUUAUAAAGAAACAUAAUUAACCCUUUGGGUGCCUUAAGCUGAAUCCUAUUUAAUGGUGGGGCACUCACUUGCAUCUGCAGGCACACAGCUUGUUCCAACAGCUGCAAGAGAAUUUGCCUUAAGUGACAAUGCCCUGAGAUUUCCAGAACUUGGAACUCAAAGGGUUAUUUUAGACUACUGGUUAAAAAAAACAAGCCUCUAAACAGGGAACAAAAUGAAAAGGUCUUUGAAAAAUUCCUUUGCAUACUAUUGUUAUUAUUUUUAUGUGAUGGGUGUAUCAGCUUUGGGGACAAAAUUAUUGUUAAGCUUCUGGUAAAAAGCAUCACUGGCUGAAGAAUUCUACACAGAGAAAAAGAAUUCUUGGUAUUCUUAUAUGACUGUAUGUGCAAAAUAAAUUGGUUUAUUAAGUGUAAAUUCAGAGAGAUGCACAUCUGUGUGUUUCCCUUGAUGACUGUCCUAGCACCAUACAGCAAACUGCAAUAAUUAAAAUGAAGCAAGGUCAGUGUGUGGAAUGAGCUGAUUACAUAUUAAAGAUGCACAAUGUAUCUUUAGUAUACAGGUAACUGUAAACUAAAGACUUUCUACAAAGGAUGCAGUUUAAACUCAGUUCAAACCUGCAUCACAAAAAUGAAGCUGUCAAGUUUAAAUGAUACUCUUGCCGUCCUAGUUAGCUGGAAUUAAAGAUUGAUGUUUUCUCCUCUUGAGGGGAAAAAGUAGUUUAGGUACUUGCAAUUCUGAAAGCAAUGGAAAUAACUGCAGUCCUAAUUGACAAGAAGUGAGUAAAAGAUUGAUUGGUAAUGGUUUUAUUCUAAUAUGUGCACCUUUAGUUGUGUAAUGGUCCCUUUCACUGGAGAAUGGGAUAUAAUUUCUACUUGCAUAUGAACUUCUUUGAAAUAACCCAGAGUCUUGGCAUUGCCUGGUCUGGCUUUGGAUGUGCAUUGUACUGAAGCUAUGGAAUUUUAGUCAUUUCUUUUAGACAUUUAACUGAAGGCUAAACUGGCUAGUAAACUGCAUUCUGACUGUAGAACUGAAGUACUAAAUAAACUCUAUGCAUAUUA